CCUGCUUCCAAAACUUUCGCUGCUCACACAGUUCCCCAUCGGAGCUCCCUCCUCCUCCUCCUCCUCCUCCUCCACCACCACCACCACCGUCUCUGCCAUCGAGAUGGACGUCCGCCGAAGGCUGCCUCCGAGCUCCGCCGCCGCCGCCCGGGCUCGUCGGCACGCUAAACCGGCGCCCACGAACCAGGUGCAGGCAUCGGAUGCCCUCCCCCUCCCGAUCCGCCACACCAACCUCCUCUUCUCCGCACUUUUCGCUGCCUCCCUCGUCUUCCUCAUGCGGCGGUGGCGAGAGAAGGUCCGCCUCUCCUCCCCUCUCCACGUCGUCGACCUCGCCGAGAUAACUGCCAUCGUCGGCCUGGUCGCCUCCCUCAUUUACCUCAUCAGCUUCUUCGGCAUCGCCUUCGUCCAAUCCAUUGUCUCCUCCAACGACGAGGAGGACGACUUCAUCCUCUCCCCCGCCGCCCCCGCUCCCACCCCGGCUUCGGCUCCCGCCCCCAAGCUCUGCUCCCUUCUCGGCUCCACCGAUUCCGCCGAGAAGCUGCCCGAGGUCACCGCCGACGACGAGGAGAUCAUCGCCUCCGUCGUCGCCGGAAAGACCCCCUCCUACGUCCUGGAGUCGAAGCUGGGAGACUGCCGGAGAGCCGCCGGGAUCCGGCGGGAGGCGCUGAGGCGGACCACGGGGAGGGCCAUGGAGGGACUGCCGUUGGACGGCUUCGACUACGCCUCCAUUCUCGGGCAGUGCUGCGAGCUGCCGGUAGGGUACGUGCAGCUGCCGGUGGGGAUCGCGGGGCCGCUGCUUCUCGAUGGAAGGCAGUACUACGUGCCCAUGGCGACCACCGAGGGUUGCCUGGUGGCGAGCACCAACAGGGGCUGCAAGGCCAUCAUGGAGUCCGGAGGGGCCUCCAGCGUGGUGCUUAGGGACGGCAUGACCAGAGCGCCUGCCCUGAGGUUGCCGUCGGCGAGGCGUGCAGCGGAGCUCAAGGCCUAUAUGGAGGAACCCAACAACUUCGAGACCAUCUCCCUGAUGUUCAACAAAUCGAGCAGGUUUGCCAGGCUCCAGGAUGUCCAUUGUGCACUGGCCGGGAGGAAUCUCUACAUGAGAUUCAGUUGCAGCACAGGAGAUGCCAUGGGGAUGAACAUGGUCUCCAAGGGUGUCCAGAACGUCUUGGACUAUCUGCAGAGUGACUUCCCAGACAUGGACGUGAUCAGUAUCUCUGGUAAUUUCUGUGCCGACAAGAAGCCAGCUGCUGUGAAUUGGAUUGAAGGACGAGGCAAAUCUGUGGUUUGUGAGGCGAUCAUAAAGGAGGAGGUGGUCAAGAAGGUUCUCAAGACGAAUGUACCGGCAUUGGUAGAACUCAACAUGAUUAAGAAUCUUGUCGGAUCUGCAGUUGCUGGAGCUCUCGGAGGAUUCAAUGCUCAUGCCAGCAACAUUGUCUCCGCAGUCUUCAUUGCCACGGGCCAAGAUCCUGCUCAGAAUGUGGAGAGCUCCCACUGCAUCACCAUGAUGGAAGCAACAAAUGAUGGAAAGGAUCUCCAUGUCUCUGUUACUAUGCCAUCCAUCGAGGUGGGCACGGUGGGUGGCGGGACUCAGCUGGCCUCUCAGGCAGCCUGUCUGGACCUGCUUGGCGUGAAAGGUGCGAGCAUGGAAUCGCCCGGGGCCAAUGCAAGGCUUCUGGCCACCAUCGUAGCCGGUGCUGUCCUAGCUGGGGAGCUGUCCCUGAUGUCGGCUCUCGCUGCGGGCCAGCUCGUGAAGAGUCACAUGAAAUACAACAGAUCCGGCAAAGACCUCUCCAAACGUGUUCCAUGAGACACCAGACAUCCAGGCCUCAGAUCUCUUUGGGUGGGCGACAAUACCUCGUGACAGAAGAGGAGGGGAGGGGAGGGGAUGGGAGGUUAACGAAGAGCCAGGGAGCCUGUGAGUGGACUUGCAGUAGAACAACUGUUGUUUCUUCUUCUUUUCGGUGAUGUAUGUUUUGUGUUUGUUCAAAUGCGUGACAGGAGGCAGGGCAGCUCCAGCUAUUUCCCAUGUGGUAGUAGUUGUGGCAAAGCAUCAUGGCUCUCUGUCUUCGCUUCUUCGCCUAAUGUUCAUUGCUGCCAUUGUUUCUGUCA